AUGACUGCACACCUCUCAAUCUACACCGACUUGGACCUGUGUCUUCUAAUUGUAACCAUCUCCCUGGUUUCUAACGGAAAUGGACGCUGCACCUUGUGGCUGUUGGGGCUACAGAAGAGCCAACGAAGUGCUAAGAGCAGCCAGAAUGUAGAAGAUGACAAGGAAGGGCACCUGGUGUGCCGGACUGGAGAUCGCAUCCUGGAGAGAUAUGAAAUAGUGGGAAAUCUGGGAGAGGGAACAUUUGGUAAAGUGGUAGAGUGCCUGGACCGUGACAGAGGCAAAACUCCCGUGGCUCUGAAAAUAAUACGUAAUGUGAAAAAAUACAGGGAGGCAGCCUUGCUAGAGAUUAAUGUCUUAAAGAAGAUUCGGGAGCAAGACCAAGAGAAUAAAUACAUGUGCGUGUUAAUGCGAGAUUGGUUUGAAUAUCAUGGACAUAUGUGCAUUGCGUUUGAGCUGCUGGGAAAAAGCACAUUUGAUUUCCAGAAAGAGAACGACUUUCUGCCAUAUCCACUUUCUCAAAUUCGUCACAUAGCCUACCAGGUUUGCAACGCAGUGAAAUUUCUCCAUGACAACAAGCUGACUCACACAGACCUGAAACCAGAGAAUAUACUGUUUGUCAGUUCAGAAUUUAACAUUGCUUACAAUGAGGAUAAGAAGUGUGAAGAGAAACAUAUAAAAAAUUCCAGCAUCCGUCUUGUAGAUUUUGGAAGCGCCACAUUUGAUCACGAAUACCAUACUACGAUUGUGGCUACACGCCACUAUCGCCCUCCUGAGGUUAUUUUGGAGCUGGGCUGGUCUCAGCCAUGUGACGUGUGGAGCAUAGGAUGUAUCCUGUUCGAAUAUUACACUGGCUUCACUCUCUUCCAGACCCAUAACAACCUGGAACACUUGGUAAUGAUGGAAAGAAUUCUUGGGCAAUUACCUCGACGUAUGGUGUACAAAACCAAGAAACAAAAGUACUUCCAAAAUGGUGCCUUGAUCUGGGAUGACAUGACCACAGAUGGACGAUAUGUCAGCAAGAAUUGCCACCCCUUACGUGUAAGGAAAUAUUACAAAGAUGUCUGA